AUGUCGCUGCUCCUGCUGCUGUGGGCGCUGCUGGGAGUCGCGUUGCAGCAGUCAGGAGCCACCGGAGUUGGCGACGGAGGGAUCACGCACAUCCCUUCCGCCGCCUACCUGCAGGCUCGCUGCCCCUCCCGCUGCGGAGACGCCAAAUUCUUCUACCCCUUCGGGACGUCGCCGGGCUGCUUCCGGCGAGGCUUCGGGCUCACCUGCGACAACACCACAGCUCCUCCAAGUCUAUUCUGGGGCAACACGGAUACCCGGAUUCUCUCCACGGACCCGACAGAUCGCAAUUUCAUCUAUGCCUCGAUUACCUUCAACAUCACCAUGGUCCCAGGCACGAAUGCCUACCACAGGUCCUGGAAGUCCCCUGCUGACGGGUUUUACAUCAAUUCUGACACCAAACUGUACGUCGUUGGCUGCGGUGUCGAGGUUCAGUUGUUCGACAAUGAUACAAACAUGACUAUCGGUUCUUGCAAGACCAUAUGCAUUGGCGACAAAAGGAACAUGGAGAAGGAACUGGCAGUUGUUGGCCACUGCAAUGGUUUGGGCUGCUGCAUAAUUGACCUGCCUGAUUACAUUCGAGGCUUUGAGUUCACACUGACCCAGAUAGAUGAACAAACAGCACACUCAGAGUCGUUGCCUGUCAGUGUUUUCUUGUCAGAAGACUACAAUUUUAACACGAGUGGCCCUUACUCGACAUGGAUGGCCAACAGGGGUUUUACGAGCUUAGAAGCUUUCAUCAUGGAUCAGCCAAGCUGUGAAAGCGCAUUGGCGAACAAGGCAAGUUAUGCAUGUAGCACCAAUAGCUUGUGCGCAAACAUGCCUGGCGGAGGAUACUUGUGUUACUGUAAUCCGCUUUCUUCAUCAGGUGCUAACCCGUACAUUUUGGAUGGUUGCAUUGAAGCAGAUUACAAUCCCAGUCCCAGAGGAUAUUGCACGAGGUCUUGUGGGAACUUGCCCAUCCCAUUCCCCUUUGGGCUUGAAGACGGUUGCUCUGCACUCAGAAAAUUUCGACUUAAUUGUACAUCAAGUAAUUCUACUAUCUUCACGGACCGUAAAGGGGCGACAUACCUAGUGACAAACGUAUCAGUGAACGAUGGGUAUUUUGUCGUCCGAAACUUGCAGAACAGCUCAAGAUAUAGCGAUGAAGAGAUGGCCAGAACAAAUGGUAACAGCCAGGACAGGGAAGCAAACAGUUUUCUGCAGGAUCUUUUUGAUUUGUCUCAGGACUAUGACAUGAUGAUAUGGUGGGGUGUCACAAAUAUGACUUGUCAAGAAGCUACGCAACGGAACGACACUUACGCGUGCCGCAGUGUGCAAAGCAGGUGCCAAGAUGUCACCCGUGAUGGAAUACCUCUUGGAUAUCGCUGCAAGUGCUCUAUCGGUUACGAAGGGAAUCCAUAUGUUCAUGAUGGCUGCAAAGAUGUCAAUGAGUGCCUACUGCAAAAUUCAUGCAAUGGUCCAUGUAAAAAUUUCCCUGGAGGCUAUAAUUGCACGAGUUGCUCGCAUGGAAAAGAGUUCGACGCAGCAAAAAGGGAAUGCGUAACAUCAGUUAAACUACUAGGUAUUGCAAUUGGAAUUAGUUGUGGUCUAGGCUCCAUAAUUCUUGUACUGAGUGCAAUUGCACUUGCCACUAAAUGGAACAGAAGCAUCCAGAAGAAGAUUCGAGAAGAAUACUUCAAAAAAAAUAAAGGUCUACUCUUAGAGCAACUAAUCUUGGAUAAAAGCGCUGCAGACAGAACAAAGAUAUUUUCAUUGGAGGAACUAGAGAAAGCAACUAACAACUUUGAUGCCACUAGAAUUGUUGGUGGUGGAGGCCAUGGAACAGUUUACAAAGGAAUUCUGUCAGAUCAACGAGUGGUGGCCAUAAAAAAGUCCAACAUUGCAAAGCAAAUUGAGAUAGAUCAGUUUAUUAAUGAGGUUGCUGUCUUGUCCCAAAUCAUUCAUCGCAAUGUAGUAAAGCUUUUUGGUUGUUGCCUAGAAUCGGAGGUUCCAUUACUAGUUUACGAGUUCAUAUCCAAUGGAACAUUGUACAAUCUUCUUCACAAUGACGAAAAUGUUAAAGGACUAUUGCCAUGGGAUGAUCGUAUUAGGAUUGCAACGGAAGUUGCAGGAGCACUUGCUUAUCUCCGCGCAGCUGCCAUAAUGCCCAUUUUCCAUAGAGAUGUCAAAUCUUCCAAUGUUCUCCUAGAUGACAAUCUUAUUACAAAGGUUUCUGACUUCGGUGCUUCAAGAUCUGUUUCACUAGAUCAAACUCAUGUGGUAACAGCAGUACAGGGCACAUUUGGUUAUUUAGAUCCAGAGUAUUACCACACUGGCAAACUCACUGGUAAGAGUGAUGUCUACAGUUUUGGGGUGAUACUGGUUGAGCUUCUAACUAGAAAGAAGCCAAUUUUUGACAAUGAUCAAGGUGUAAAACAAAGCCUGUCCCAUUAUUUCAUCGAACAGCUUCAAGAGGGAGCACUAAUGGAAAUUGUAGAUUCCAUGAUUGUUGAAGAGGCAAACAAGGAAGAGAUAGAUGACAUAGCCUCACUUAUACUAGCUUGCCUAAAUCUCAAAGGAGAAGAGAGACCUACCAUGAAAGAUGUGGACAUGAGGCUUCAGUUUUUGAGAACUAAGAGGUUACUAAAAUGCCAACAUUUUACAGGAAGCACUGGAGGGAUGCCUCCUUUCCGUUUACCAUUGAAUUGUGACUCCCACCCCCAAACCAAUUUGAGCAAUCAUGUUAAAUUUCCAAAAGAAGGUAUCUCUGGGUGUUACAGUUUGCAGCAAGAAUUUGUGGAUUUAGCAAGUUUUCCACGCUAGUACCUUCUGUUAUAUAUUGCACCUACUCUCAGUACUUACUGGGAUAUAUACGAUGCAUAUAAGUUGCCGUGGACUUCCAUGAAGAACCUUUCCACGGAAGAAUAUUAAUUAACAUUGUGUACCUUUGAUUAAUAUACCUGAAGGAAGUGUAAUUUAAGAGAACUCAAUGUAUUUAAGUCAUCAUAGCGAUCUGCUUCAAUUUAAUAUCUAAGGCAUUUGAGGUUGUUGUU